CUCAUAUUCAUUACUUACUGUGUGUUAAUUACAGUGUUACAAAUUACUCUCCUUAAGAAUUGUUAGUGUUAUUUUUAUAAUAUACUUGUUUUAUGAAAUGACUUUUGCACAAGAGCCCUCAGAGGAUUUCAAUUAUUUACCUACCAAGUAUAGUCACAUGCGCGAUUUUUUCUUAGAUAUAGACACGAGACGACAUCAGCGUGAUAAUUUAAAACCAAAAGAUUGGCAGUAUGAGGGUAUACCAAUCGAGCUCACCAACCAAAACGGAAUUGAUAACGAAAAUACUGCAGCUGAUUUAACAACAACGCCAGUGACUCAGCCUACGACCCCAAAACUGGUGUUAGACCGUCGUUACCGUCGCAUCUACAACCCUGACGAGGUGGCCACCAUCGAGGAGUUCCCCUACAUGGCAGCCCUCCUUGUGAACAACGAGCUCUGGUGUGGCGCUGUCAUUAUUGAUACGGAUAAGGUCCUUACUGCGGCACACUGCCUUCAACUGCAAUAUAACAAUAGAUUCUUCCGCGAAUAUGUAAAAAUGUUGACGGUAAGAGUUGGGUCCUCGAACGCCACGGCCGGUGGUGAGGUGCUGCGGGUCUCCGAGAUCUUCUUCCAUCCUAACUACAAACCACAAACCUUGGAGUUCAACUACGCGGUGCUGAAGCUCCAUAAGAACCUGACUUUUGGUAGAAGUGACCCUUACAUCGAGAAAAUUCCCUUCGCAAGAGACAAAGUUGUUCCUGUGGAUAAUAAGGUCACUUUCCUUGGUUGGGGAUCUGUUUUGGGCAUCAACGGUGCUGGAGGUCAGGUUCUACUCCAGAAGGUCACGCUCCCUGUAUACGACUUAGCAGACUGUCAAGAAGUAUAUGGAAAAGAAUUAGUCACCCGAACGAACUUCUGCGCAGGAUUCAUUACUGUACCGAAAAACGUUUGUAAUCACGAUGCAGGUGGUCCAGCAGUCAUGGAUGGUAUGCUGAUAGGCGUACUGUCAUUCUCAUCGAAGCGCUGCGACCAGACAGACCAGCCUGCUGUAUUCUCUACUGUGGGCGCUAUAGCAUCUUGGCUCGAUGACCUCGGGCAGAAGAAGGUGCAUUUACGCUCAUUGAUGCAAUGA